UCGAACCACGGUGUUUUUUGGUGGACAUGUUUAAUUCUAAUGUGCAAAGUGUUGAUAUCCGGAACGUUGAUACGCAUAAUAUGCAUUUGAAACCCCAAUCACCCACUUCUUCCAGUAGAAUUUUGGAUAUACCUUGCAAAGUAUGCGGAGACUUUUCUUCGGGAAAACAUUACAAUAUUUUCGCUUGCGAUGGAUGUGCGGGAUUUUUCAAAAGAUCUAUUAGAAGAAACAGACAAUACGUUUGCAAAGCUAAAGAAGAAGGAAGUUGCGUUAUAGAUAAAACCCAUAGGAAUCAAUGCCGGGCGUGCAGAUUACAGAAAUGUCAAGAAGCCGGAAUGAAUAAAGAUGCCGUGCAGCACGAGAGGGGACCUCGAAACUCGACUUUGCGACGACAACAAAUGUCAAAUUUCUUCAAUGAAGCUAGAGAGAGAAUGAUGCCCUCACCACCUGUCAGCGCUUUAAAUCUGGCCAUGCCCAAACCUUCAACUCCACCCGUUUUUGAGGGUCCUUUCGGAUUUAUUGCGCCCGCCGGGUUUCUUUGUAAUACUUUAGUCAGUUUUCCACGGUUUCCCUUUCCUCUACGACCAAUAUCACCACCGACGGUAACGAAUUCUUCAGUAGUUUGUGAAGCGGCAGCCAGAUUAUUGUUCAUGAAUAUACAAUGGACGAGGACUCUUCCGUCAUUCACAUCCCUAUCACUAUCUGACCAAUUACUCCUUUUGGAAGAAAGCUGGAGGGAGUUAUUUGUAUUAGGAGCGUCACAAUUCCUUCCUUUGACUUAUCUGCCACAUUUAAUUCCCCCUUCAUUCGAAUCUAGUACAAACUUUCUCCAAAGGGUACAAGAGUUUCAAGAUAUACUGGUAAACAUCCGACAAUUCCAAAUAGAUCCUCAAGAAUAUUCUUGUUUGAAGGCAACAAUUUUGUUUAAAACAAAUUUUGAUAAACCUUGUACUAAAUUAUUGAACGAACCGUCGAAAAUAGCUGCCAUUCAAGACGAAACUCAACUCACUUUAAACAAAUAUAUUACCAGCACGCAUCCUGGACAGCCUUUGAGAUUCGGUAAACUCCUAUUGCUCCUUCCAACUUUGAAAAAAGUUACAGGGGAAACGAUAGAAGAACUUUUUUUUAGAAAAUCCAUCGGGAAUAUACCGAUACAGAGAAUUUUAAGCGACAUGUACAAAUCUCAAACAAAUAUGUGAUAUCUGUUGAAAUUUACACUUUACACGAUGUUGCUACAAAGCUGCGUGGUUAUAGAAGUGUACAAACACUAAUAUAUUACCUGCCUGAUGAGUGUACAAACACGUUAAAAGUUGGAUCCCGGUUUUCAAAAUUAUUUUGAACGUUAAGGUUAAACUGAUCCUACCUACAAUUUGAUUUGAGGUUUUAUAAACCUCAACACGAUAAGAAGUUUCUUGAAAGUCGUGCACUCCCAUCGGGAUUUUCUUCGACACGAUAAGAGGUUCCACCAAGACAUUUCUUCAAUGGAGAGACGGUAUCGAGGAAAAAGGUGAUUUAGAAAAUAUCUUCCGAUAGUCAAAUAUUCACGAGAAUUAUAAAAUUUGUCAUUGAACAUAGAAUUUGAAAUGUUAUUCGAGGUUAAAGGUAAAAAAAAUGUUGGCGGUGCCUUGUAGAUUUUCGCAUUUCUAGCAAAACGGUGAGUUUUAUCAUAAAAAUACUUCAGACAAAAAUUGUAGAUCAUAAAAUUAUCUACAAAAAACGUAUCAGUACUUUUUUUCCUACGAGCCACUAUUUCUGAGAUAUAAUGACUCAAAAAGUUCAUAAAAUACAAUUUGAACAAAUUUUAUUCAAGGUCAAAAGUUUUUCGCAAUUUUUAGCAAAACGAUGAGUUUUAUCAUAAAAAUACUUCAGACAAAAAUUGUAGAUCAUAAAAUUAUCUACAAAAAACGUAUCAGUACUUUUUUUCCGACGAGCCACUAUUUCUGAGAUAUAAUGACUCAAAAAGUUAGUAAAAUACAAUUUGAAAAAAUUUUAUUCAAGGUCAAAAGUUUUUCGCAAUUUUUAGCAAAACGAUGAGUUUUAUCAUAAAAAUACCUCAGACAAAAAUUGUAGAUCAUAAAAUUAUCUACAAAAAACGUAUGAAUACUUUUUUUCCUACGAGCCACUAUUUCUGAGAUAUAAUGACUCAAAAAGUUCGUAAAAUACAAUUUGAACAAAUUUUAUUCAAGGUCAAAAGUUUUUCGCAAUUUUUAGCAAAACGGUGAGUUUUAUCAUAAAAAUACCUCAGGCAAAAAUUGUAGAUCAUAAAAUUAUCUACAAAAAACGUAUCAGUACUUUUUUUCCGACGAGCCACUAUUUCUGAGAUAUAAUGACUCAAAAAGUUAGUAAAAUACAAUUUGAACAAAUUUUAUUCAAGGUCAAAAGUUUUUCGCAAUUUUUAGCAAAACGGUGAGUUUUAUCAUAAAAAUACCUCAGGCAAAAAUUGUAGAUCAUAAAAUUAUCUACAAAAAACGUAUCAGUACUUUUUUUCCGACGAGCCACUAUUUCUGAGAUAUAAUGACUCAAAAAGUUAGUAAAAUACAAUUUGAACAAAUUUUAUUCAAGGUCAAAAGUUUUUCGCAAUUUUUAGCAAAACGAUGAGUUUUAUCAUAAAAAUACCUCAGACAAAAAUUGUAGAUCAUAAAAUUAUCUACAAAAAACGUAUCAAUACUUUUUUUCCUACGAGCCACUAUUUCUGAGAUAUAAUGACUCAAAAAGUUAGUAAAAUACAAUUUGAACAAAUUUUAUUCAAGGUCAAAAGUUUUUCGCAAUUUUUAGCAAAACGAUGAGUUUUAUCAUAAAAAUACCUCAGGCAAAAAUUGUAGAUCAUAAAAAUAUCUACAAAAAACGUAUCAAUACUUUUUUCCUACGUGCCACUAUUUCUGAGAUAUAAUGACUCAAAAAGUUAGUAAAAUACAAUUUGAACAAAUUUUAUUCAAGGUCAAAAGUUUUUCGCAAUUUUUAGCAAAACGAUGAGUUUUAUCAUAAAAAUACCUCAGACAAAAAUUGUAGAUCAUAAAAUUAUCUACAAAAAACGUAUCAGUACUUUUUUUCCGACGAGCCACUAUUUCUGAGAUAUAAUGACUCAAAAAGUUCGUAAAAUACAAUUUGAACAAAUUUUAUUCAAGGUCAAAAGUUUUUCGCAAUUUUUAGCAAAACGGUGAGUUUUAUCAUAAAAAUACCUCAGGCAAAAAUUGUAGAUCAUAAAAUUAUCUACAAAAAACGUAUCAAUACUUUUUUUUCUACAAGACACUGUUUCUGAGAUAUAGUAAUUCAAAAAGCUGUAAAACUUGUAUUUAAUGAUUUCUCCUAAAUAUUUUCAGCAGUAAACUUUUCUUACAACAUUGAAAUGAAACUGAAAUAAAAUAUAAACAGUUUUAAUCAUUGACUUCUGGUCGUGAUUAGUGUAAACACACAGUCCGUUUUGGACCCAACAGUGUUGAAGUACCUUCAAAACGAAACUGUUUAUAUGAACAGUUCGUGUUUUGUUAUUGUCCUGUUCUCUUGGUGGAAACACGUCAUAAUAUACAUAUAUAAAUAGGAAUUGAUAUGAUUGUCACUUGUCGAAAUAUUAUGUUGUGCGAGGAAGGUUCCAGAAGUGAUUUUGUAUCAUUGUAAUCAAACGCGGCACCCAUAUUGCCCACAGCUAUCUCAUGUCCAAAUUUCCAAUUAAUAGGCGAUGUACUGCACUUUUUGAAAUGCCUACUAUGUCUGGUAGCUCACGCACUUUCAGUCGACCAUCAUCCAGUAGUUCCUAGUGGAUUUUUUUUCAACAUUUCUUGAGUUAUCACCUCAUUUGGUCGAACAUUGUACUGUUGGUCUUCGCGGGGCGUACGGUCUCGUUUAAACUGCGCUACCUAAUAUUUUAUUGUUGAUAAAGAAGGAUCAGUCUCACCAGAGUAGAAUCUACUUCUUUUUCAUUGUGUUUGAGGUAAAGCCUUUCAAUUAAAACACAUAGCAAUGGCCAGUGUUUUCUAUGUUUACAAUUUCAAUGAAAACUUUCACUAUUGACGUUUGACAGAUACUAAACGACAUGGCGUCUUAAAACUUGUGACAUAUGAUGUAUAGGUUAAGUACUGUCAAAUACGAUGGGUAUUUUUCAAGCAAUUACCGCCAUCUGUAAGUCAGACCAGGUACUUCUGGGAUAAUCCUCGUAAUUUAGUACUGUGAUGUAUAUAUAGAUUUUUAGAGAGUUUUAUAUUGUCAAACUAAUAGUUUGUUGGUCAAUAGCUUUAUUGUACAUAGAAGAGAAUAUUUUUUCACGAUUUUAGAUAUAAAUUCUGAGAAUUUGUAUAAAAAACAUUUGUUAUAUAAUGUGUAAAAGAAAUGAUGUGUAAUAUAUGAUUUAUUUUU